AACUUUCCUUUGAGUCGCUGCCCUAAUUUCCUAAGAAGAGCAGCCCGCCCCCAAUUGCCUUCUCUGAUAUCUUUUGCAGAACAAAUAUUUGGUUGAGAUUUCAUCGGAGAAAUUAGUGUUUAUUUCUACAGAUUUUGAAUGAUUCCCUCUUUUUUCCAUGCUUUUUAAGCUCUUCUUCGGAUUGGAACAAAUAAUUGAAAAAAGUACUCAUUUGACAGCCAUCCUUUAGUCACCCAUGAAGAGAAACAUCUGGCAUGAUUUGCAAACAUGAACUUUGUUGUUGUCGGUUUCAUUCUUCAUUUACAUAACUGGUUUUUAAUGAGACUACAAGUUGUUCAACCUUUUCAGUUACUCUGAUAGCUACCACAGCUCCGGGCAUACUGCAUAAUCCAUCGGCUAACAGCAUCAAACACAGUUCGAGCACAUCCUCUUGCUCAUGACCAAGAACUUUGCCUCUCAUGUCAUAUUCACAUUGAGCACUGACUCUGAAGGCAUUUCCUCCAUGUUGCCUGUAUUUUUAGUUUUUGAUCUUCUUGUUGAUUGAUUAGCUUUGCAACAGUGAACAUAUGGGAAAUGAAUCGAGUGAGCUUUAGUUUUCUUUUCUUCUUAUGUUUUAUGAUUUAUUGCGAUUUUUAAGGAAUCUUUACCAUUUUAUUUUUGUUCUGCUUAAAUUUUAGUUGCACAAGUAUUUUCUUCUUCAUUCGGCUGCUUAUGCUAAAAAUGGGUAGGAAAAAGGUAAGCAAUUCAUCACUGGGUUAUGCGUUUUAGGGAUGAUGUAGCAGUUUGAUUUCUUUAUAUUUAAGGAGAGGGGUUGACCCACAAGACCCGUGACCUGGUCAUUUUACCGGGUCGGGUUUUAUAAUUAUGAUGCACAUAACAUGAAAAUCAUCCCUGGAUUUAUGCUCAACAUCCUAACUCAAAUUUGCCUUUGCCAUUAUUACUCAAGUGUGAACACAAAGAAACCAUCUUUUGGGCUUUUCUAAGUUGACCCGGCAACCCUAACAAAGGCCCAAAUAAGUCUGUUCAGUGUUCACAAAGAUAUUUAUAGCAUCUUAUCAUUUCUUCAAACCUGGUUAAGAAUUUAAGAUCCGACCCUCAAGGGUUCUAUACUUUCUCUUCACAAAAAAGUAAAUAAUAAAAUCUUCGUUUUCAUUUGGAUCUUCAAUCAAUCAAAGGUAAAGGCUUGAUCUUGUUUUCAUUAUCGUUGCUUAUUUUUCUGGCUGUUUCCCGAGAAAAUUUUAGGAAAACAGUAGAGGAAUUACAAAAUUUGACUGCUUCUUUGACGUUUAUGAUCUGGCUUCUUGCUUGUUUGUUAUUUUUUGCUGUUUUUUGGACGUUGGGUUUUAGUUUAGUUUAGUUUUUUGCUAUUAUUUAAGAUUUUGCUUUUCAGACGGCUAUAUCGGUCCUUUUCUGAGUUUUUGGUUUAGUUUAGUUUAGUUUUUUUGCUAUUGUUUAAGAUUUUGCUUUUCAGACGGCUAUAUCGGUCCUUUUCUGGUGCUUUUGUUAAGUUGCUUAUAAGGUUAUUAAGGAAAUUUUGACAAGACAUGUUUAAGUAAGUUUGAUAAAGUUAGGAACUUGGUGGAGAUUUUGAAUCUUAAGUCGAAGAAACUGAGGUUGUCGCCUGGGGUUUUGAAAUACUUGUAGUUUUAGCUGUUUAUGAGGUUGUUUGGUGUGUGUAGCUGGUAUAUUAGAUUAAAGAAGCAUUGCAGUGAUUUAUAUUGUUUAGUUCUCUGGAUUUGAAAUACUUGUAGUUUUAGCUAGGGAUGAGCAAAAAAACCGAUUAAACUGAGAAAACCGGAAAAAAAAUAACUGAAAAAACCGAACCGUAAAAAAAACUGAUUUAACCGAUUAUAAUUUUAAAAAACCGACUGGUUCGGUUUGAUAAGCUUGAAACCGAAAAAACUGAACCAAACCGAACCGGUUCAGUUAAAAAAAAAAACUAUAAAAGCCCUCUUUUUUUAACCCUAGCAUUCCCCAUCCUUCUGCAUGCAGCAGCCCCCCCCCCCCCCCCCCCCCCCCCCCCCGCCCUCACAAGCCACAGCUCUCAAAUCUCAAUCUCUCACACUCUCAGCUUGAUAAAAAUUGAAUUCUCCAUCACUUUAUAAAACUUCAUGGCCAGAUCAACAAGACUUCAAUAUUCAUCUUCAAAUCUAACAACCCAGGGACACUAGGUAUGAUUUCUUGAUCUUCAAUCUUCAUGUUCGUGCUGUUUUGUUGGAUAAGAAGCCUGAAGAAGUUCCAACAAUUCUGAGGCUGCCAAGCUUCCCCAGUAUUUCAUUACAAGGAGCUCUCUGUCUACAGUGUUUUUGUUGCUAAAGUUCAAAUCUUCUUUCAGCUUUCCUAAUCUUUCAAGCUAGAUAUGGCCGAAGAAGCAGGCAUGUUUAUGGUUCAUCAAACAAUUGGAAGUGUUUUGUGUUGCAAAUGUGGUAUUCCUAUGCAACCAAAUGCUGCUAAUAUGUGUGUUAAGUGUUUGCGCUCUGAAGUUGACAUCACUGAAGGUCUAAAGAAGAAUGUAAUUCUUUUACAUUGCCCGGAGUGUGAUACCUACUUGGAUCCACCUAGUACGCGGAUUAGGGCCCAACUGGAAUCGAGGGAGUUGAUGGCAUUUUGUCUGAAGAAGUUGAAAUUGAAGUCCACAGGAGUUAUUUUGGUAAAUGCGGAAUUUAUUUGGACUGAACCACAUUCCAAGAGGAUCAAGCUCCGAGUGAGAGUUCAGAAGGAGGUCCUUCAUGGUGCAAUACUCGAACAAGCAUAUGUUAUUGAGUAUGUUCAGCAGGACCAAAUGUGUGAUUCUUGCACAAGAGUUCAGGCCAACCCUGAUCAGUGGGUUGCUGGUGUCCAGCUCCGGCAACAUGUUGCUCAUAGAAGAACUUUCUUUUACUUGGAGCAGCUGAUUUUGAAGCAUGAUGCUGCUGCCCGUGCCAUUAAAAUAAAGCAAAUGGAUCAUGGUAUUGAUUUUUUCUUUGCAAAUCGUAGCCAUGGUGUUAAAUUUGUUGACUUUGUGGGUAAAGUAGCUCCAGUAAAGAGUCGCAAUGACAAGCAACUUGUUUCCCAUGAUACUAAGAGCAACAACUAUAAUUACAAACAUACUUUCUCUGUUGAAAUCUCUCCAAUUUGCCGUGAGGAUUUAGUCUGCUUGCCUCCAAGGGUUGCUGUUAGCUUGGGGAAUCUAGGUCCUCUUGUGAUCUGCUCGAAAGUGACAAAUAGCAUUGCUUUGUUAGAUCCUUUCACCCUGAGACACUGCUUCUUGGAUGCUGACCAGUACUGGAGAACACCCUUUAAGUCUCUUCUCACUAGCAGGCAACUUGUAGAGUAUAUUGUAUUUGAUGUGGACUUUGUUUCCCCUGAAGUUAAUAUUGGCGGGUCUAGAUAUGCUCUCGCUGAUGCCACUGUUGCUCGCAUGUCAGAUUUUGGGAAGAAUGAUACCAUGUUCAACAUAAAAACGCACCUGGGGCAUAUUUUGAAACCUGGUGAUUAUGCUCUUGGUUAUGAUUUACAUGGAGCUAACAGUAAUGACAUGGAGCUUGACAAGUACAAAAAUCUAGUCAUUCCAGAAGCAAUUUUGGUAAAGAAAAGCUAUGAAGAGAAGCGCCAGAGGAAACGAGGGAAGCCUCGUUCCUGGAAGCUAAAGUCCCUCAAUAUGGAGGUUGAUGACACGAGAGCUAGAGGUGACCAAGAGAAGAUGAACUCAGAGUAUGAACAGUUCCUGAGAGAUCUGGAAGAGAACCCGGAGUUGAGGUUCAAUGUAUCAUUGUAUCGUAACAAAGAAUAUCAGCCUUCUGAGAUGGCAUCUAUGACUGAUGGGGAAGAUAUACCUUCCAUUCCUGUAGAGGAGUUGCUUGCUGAUCUUGAGAUAAAUGACGCCGAAGAUGAUGACGAAGGCAUGAGGGAAUGAAUAUUAAGUUUUGUUUAUUUUUCUGGUUGGCUUGAAAUCAUCUUUUCAUCAAGUAGCUUUAUUCUGUGCCUGACAUGUCUUUGCUUUCGCGUAAUGUAGUUCUUUCAACAAAUGAUGCUUGUAAUUUGUUGUGUUUGUUAAUUAGGGAAUUUUUUGCUGUAUUGACGAUGCUUAUGCUGAAAUGAUAGCAGAAAGGAGAAUUUUUGGCUGUAUUAA